UGGGGCGGCGGGAGAGGGCGGAGGGCAACGUGGGUUUCGAGAGCCCCAGGCCGGGGCUGGGGUUCAAGAACGAACUUCCCCCGCGGGGCACCCCUUCAGGCCCGUAGUGGGGUUUGGAUCGAAUCGAGAGUCCGGACCCUCUCCACUGAGCGCGGAACCUGCUUUCAGCACCAGUGUCCCAGGCCAGCCACUGCGUCGCUGCAAACUUGACCUGUGACUUUUUUUUCUUGUGGUGUUUGUAAGGACGGGUCUCAUUGCGCAUGUAGCCUAGGCUGGCCUUGGAUUCAGCAGUCCUUGCCUCAGCCUUCCUUGUACCAACAGAGGUGUGAGCCACCGCGCGCACCUCUUCUUCUUUGGGUAAUUGGCCAAAUCAACUACCCAGGAGCUUUGCUCACUCUCUGUCACAGCCUGCUCUGAGAAACCCGUCUCUGUCUUCUGAGUGCUGGGAUUACUGGCAGCCCACCAUACCUGCCCAGCACCAGAUCUCAGGUCCUCAGCCUCCUCACUCUUGGCACUGCCAGCCUGAGCCACCCCACCCCCAUCCUUAGUGUUUCUUGGCACUGUCAUUUGAAGCCACGUAUAAGAUGGACGUGCAUUGUAGAACACGUCUUCCCUCACACCGACCGGACUGGCUCUAACGUAGACAGGUGGGCGGAGAAGAGGCCUGGUGCUGUCCUCGUCAGCUCCCUUUCCGGGGGAGGGGAGGUUUCUCCAUGCUUUCUGAUGAGGCAGCAAGUUGACAGCAAGCGCGUGGGAGUUUGUCACCAUUGCUGUGUAAGCUCUGCAUGCUCAUGGUGGACCCACGGAGGAAAUGGACUUGGAUCAGCUGGACCUAAACCCCAGAAUUACUGCUGCCAUUAAAAGGGGCAGACUGAAGUCAGUGAAGGAGGUUCUGUGCUACUCUGGCCCAGACCUGCAGCGGCUCACCAGCCUGCCCAGCCACGAUGUGCAGCUCCUGCUGAGAGCAGCCGCUCUUCACCUUCGGGGAAGCCGCGUCCUUACAGCACUGCACCUGUUCCAGCAGAGGGAGAGCUUCCCUGAGCAGCAUCAACGCCUGAGCCUGGGCUGCCCUGUCCUGGACCAGUUCCUGGGUGGAGGCCUGCCCCUGGAGGGCAUCACUGGCUUGGCUGGCCGAAGCUCAGCAGGAAAGACCCAGCUAGCCCUACAGCUCUGCCUGGCUGUGCAGUUCCCACGGCAAUACGGAGGCCUGGAGGCCGGGGCUGUCUAUAUCUGCACAGAGGAUGCCUUCCCCAGCAAGCGGCUGUGGCAGCUCAUUGAACAGCUGCAGGAGCUGCGGACAGAUGUGCCUGGGGAGGUAACACAGAAGAUCAGGUUCGGCAACCACAUCUUCAUUGAGCACGCGGCUGACGUGGACACCUUGAUGGAGUGUGUGAGUAAGAGGGUCCCCAUUCUGCUGUCAAGGGGCAUGGCCCGCCUGGUGGUGGUUGACUCCAUUGCAGCCCCAUUUCGUUGUGAGUUCCAUCUCCAGGCCUCGGCGGUCAGGGCGAAGCACCUGCACUCGCUGGGGGCCGCGCUUCAAAGGCUGAGUAGCACCUUCCGGAGCCCCGUGCUGUGCAUCAACCAGGUGACAGAAAUGGUAGAGGACCAGGAGUCUGCAGGGGCUUGGGAGGAGCGCCUCUCUCCAGCCCUUGGCAUCACCUGGGCUAACCAGCUCCUGAUGCAACUGAUGGUUGACCGGAUCCAUGAGGACAGUGUUACCACAGGCUUGCCCAGAAGCCCAGCUCGGACUCUACGAGUACUCUUCGCCCCCCACCUCCCCCUCUCCUCCUGCUGCUACACAGUCAGUGGGGAAGGAGUUAGAGGGAUGGCAGGAACUGAGUCCUGCUAACAGUAGGGCCAGUGCAUUAGCCUGACCCUGAUUCUGACGAAUCCUUCCAACAACCUGUGUCAGUCCAUGGCACCUGGUGAACUGGCUCCCAAUGACGGUCAGUCAGUAUCUGCUCUCUCCUCCCUGGGGUUCACCUACUGUUGAGCCUUGGGGUUUGGCCUCACACUACCUGUCAUAGGAUGUCCGACCAACAGGGGCUCUGGCAGCCCUGGGACCCCAGAAUGACUUAGCUCUUCUCUCUGCCUGGGACUUUCAGCAGCUUGGUGGGGCCUCCUCUCCUGCAGGAUGAUCUUAAUUCCCCCCAACCCCCACUACACACACACACACACACGCACACACACAUCCAUACACAUGCAUGCAUGCACACACAGUAACACACACCACUCAGGUCAAACGUGACUUGCAGUGAGGUACUCCCCCCACCGUGCCCCUCCACACACACAUACAACAACAUUUGGGGGCAGAGUGGAGAAAAUACUCUGAGGAAGGGAAACGGUGCUGACCUGAUUCAGUUGCCUGGGCUAAGCAGCUUUGGGCAACUUACAACAGGGUCUGUCCUCACUGCGGCUGGUUAGUGUGCCCAGCAACUCUGGCUUGGCAGUGCAUCUAGGCUGAAGGCACCACAGUGCACCCGACAGCAUGGAGUGCACACUCAGCCAGCGGCGGACAAGCGUCCUGGUAAGAUCUGCUCUGGACUCAGAAUCAACACCCUGUGGACUUGGGGCUCAACAGUCACCAAUGAACGUGACCUCUGAAGACAGGGCUGUGGUGACAAAGCCCUGUGCUUCAAGAUCCUGCCACGUAGCACAGGCUCCCACCAGCAAAUGUGCCAGGUGGAGACUCACCAGUGUGUGACUCCUCAAACCAGGUCAUACACUGUCACUGUCCCCACUCAAAUAUCGAAAAUAGUCCACUUAUGGUAUAUACCAUGACAUCUUCAGGGUGGCCCCAUCCUCUUCUGAGCUCAUCAACCUUCCAAAGGCCCCUGGGGUACUCCCCCCCCCCCGCCCCCGCAAUUCUGCACUAACCCUAAGUCUCCGGCAGGCAAUGCCCCACCUGGGUCUGAGAGGCUGAGGAUACUGACAUAAAUAAGGGGAUCGUGUGGAGUUUGUAUAAAACAGCUUCUCAGGGUUUUGUAUUGGGAAAUAAAACUAUUUUUGUAACAAGGUA